AUGCGAUAUUUAUACAAAGACGCCGAUGAAAAAUUUGUUAGGGAGAAAACCAGACGCGAGAAACAUCAUGUUCUAGACAGUUACCAGUUUCGUCUAAAUAGCAUGAUUUGUGGUAAAACGGAUUUCAAUAAAAAAGAUACACCGAUCGUUUUUAAAUGUACGCCCGAUACGUUAUUGAUGUUAUGCUCAAAAGUUGUCGAUAACUAUCCAUUAAUUUCUAUAUACGAAUGGAAUAUCGAAGAUAUUUGCCGUUGGUUGAGACGCCGUGGCUAUCCGCACUAUCAGAAUACCUUUCGUGAAAAUCUUAUCAACGGUCGCACCUUUUUGUUGCUAGAUGUUUCAGCUUUAGCUGCCAUGAAUAUUAAAUACUUUGAUCAUGCACGUGACAUUGCUUACGGAAUUCGUACGCUCUUUUACUAUGAGAUGACUAAAUUUGGUCGUAGUAUAACACUAGCUCCGGAAUUUCAUCUUGAAUUGUAUAAAUUAUUUCGCACAAAAACGGGAGCCAAAUACGAGAAAAUACGACGAACCGAUUUAUGGCGUCGUAUGCAAUUGAUAAGGGCCAAGACACCGACUUGCACGCAUUGGGAAAUAUUGGAGCGUUGGAUGACUAUGACGAAAUCGUUAGACAUACGCGUCGGCUAUGUACCUCGUCAGGAAUUGUAUGAAUGUGCUAAGAAGAUGAAGAUCACAGAACAACCGGCAAAGACUCAGAUGCAUUGCUUCUGCUUGCCUCCUUGCAGUUGCUAUUGGACCGAAAAAGAGACUCGUUUCCCAUGGCGUUUGGAAUGCCUGCCACAUUUGCCACGAUUUGAUAGUGAAAUUGCUAUGCCAUGCGAGGAGUGUCCCAUUGUGUGCACUUGCCGUUGGAGUUCGAAAAAGUAUAAACAUCGAAGUGUCCUUAGCUGUUUGCAGCAAUAUUUUCCACAAAAAUAUGGAUCGCCAUUCAUAAAUUCGACUAUGAAAAUUAAUAAAUCCCAGGGAUAUCGCUUAUCAUUAUAUUAA